AUGAAUAUUAAAAAUCAAGGAAAAUUUGCUUCUUUUUAUAAUAACAAAGUUAAUUAUAUCUUGAAAAACUUGGAUUAUUUAAGAGAAAAGUAAGUAGAGAUCAUAGCGAUGAGAAACUCAAUUAUCUUAUUUCUAUAAAUAGUUUUAUUAGCUUCGUUGGUUCAAGCCAAAACUUUAAGAAGUCUUGCGUAAACAUGGAAUCUUAACCAAAAGACUCCUUUACUUCACCUAAAAGAUUAGAAAUCGAUUGAUGAAGCUCUAAAAUAUAAUAAAAGUGUCAUUAUUUUGUUCGGAAGUGAUUAUUUGAUUGACUACAGAACUGAAUAGAUUUAUAACAAAUUCGUAGAAUUACAAAAAAGAUAUAAAGAUUCAGUAUUCGCUUAUGCUCCGAUGAAUGACGUGAAAUAUACUACAUAUGCUAAUAAUGUUCAAGUUAUUCCAACAAUUGUAUAUUUCGCAUAAUCCAAGUAAAUCGCUAAAAUCAGUGAUAGUAUCCCAGAAAAACUAGAUAACUUUAUUAAAGAUUAAAUUCCCAAAUGA